AUGGCCACCGAGGAGGAUGUUAAGCAGCGGCAGAUCGUUGAAGACCGUGCAAGAAAUAUUAGCCACAAUGUCCGGUGCACUGAGUGUGGCAGCCAGUCCAUUGAAGAUUCACAAGCAGAUGUUGCAGUUCUCCUUAGAAGGCUAAUUCGCGAUGAAAUAAAAUCUGGCAAGAGUGAUAAGGAGAUAUACAAAAAAAUAGAAGACAACUUUGGAGAAACAGUUCUAUAUGCCCCUAAAUUUGAUAUUCAAACUGCCACUAUAUGGUUAUCGCCGGUCAUUGUGGGUGGGGUUGCAGCUGGUGUCUGGGCUUACCAAAAGCAUAGGCAAGGGACUAACGUUCACAUUAUGGCUCUGAACCUUGUCCGAUGGGUUCCCCUGACUCCAAGGGACAAGGAGACGAUGAUUGACAUCCCUACACCGCCUCUGCUAACUAGGAGAUGGUGGUGGACUGUCAAGUGA